UGUUACGGAAUUUGUUUUUGUUUUCUAUUAAUUUAUAAUUAUGUACAAUUUACAAUUUAUUGUUGCAUCGUGUCUGCUAUGUGCCACAGAUAUUAUUUGCCAAGCCAAAACCAUAAAAAAAGGUGAUGCCUUUCUGCUGAAACCAUAUCAAGAGCUAGACUCUUGGAAGGGUAAAUAUUUUCCUUAUGCUCCAGGUGAACCGCACGUGAAAAAAGUGCAACGUGUGCAAUUAAGCCCCAACGCAAUUUCAAAAACUGAAGAUACAUGGAAGGGCCCGUGGUUUCCCUAUGCUCCAGGAGUGCCACAUAGUACACCAAAAAUUGAAUCAGCUGAGGAAAUGGGUCAUCGCAUCUGUGACGAUGGCAUGAUCAAUUUGAAAAUGGACUACGAUCCCGAAGAUGUGCGCCAAAACUUCAACUACUUGUGCCUAACAAGCAAUCGAAGUGUCUUCGAUCCGAAUAUGAAUACCGAAGCAUUGUUGACGGAGCAUUUUUUGCCCAGCGCUUAUGAACCUGCCUCCAAAUGCCUUAAUGAAUCAAUUAGUUAUACUCAUCAGCCGCCCACCAAUGGACCAUUCCGUCCAGUGCCCGCCGUUUAUGGCAGUUACAAGUACCUCCCUCCGCAGCGGUAUGUACGUAAUCUUGCCGAGGGGGCAAUAGUUAUGCUGUACCAUCCGUGUGUUUAUCAUGGCCAAUUAAAGGAGCUACAAGACAUUGUCAAUGGAUGUCUCUAUCGCCAUCUCAUAACUCCUUCCCUAUCACUGAGCCCGAAACGUCCACUGGCAGUGCUUGGAUGGAGUCGUAGCCUGGAGAUGUCUGUCGUCGAUAAAAAACUGGUGGCCGGCUUCAUUAAACAAAAUGCUAAGAUAGGCCCACUAGCAAUGCAGAAUCUGUCCCGCGUUGUAGAAAAGCGCGAAACCUACAAGGCUGGGCUGCUAUCGGAAGCACAUUUGGUGACUGACUUGGAUGACACAGAGCUGUGUGGUUAUUUGGAACAGCAUAUGUGAUAACUUGUUAAGGUUCCUUCACUCGAAUACUUUUAUACCUUCAUCUGUAAUAUUAAUAAAUGAAAAAGUUAUAC